AUCCCAAAACGAUUUUUCUUUUCAAACAAUCGAAUUAAUGAUAGGUAUAUAUCGUAUCGAUUCCGUUUCGACGAAUUAAAUUCUCUUGUGCUUCGUUGUGCGAGCGUGUAUAAGAGAACAAAAGUUCGCGUAACGUUCAUCUUUUAAUCUCUCGGAAGAAAACUCGUUUGCUUUUUCCAUGUUUACAGGAAAAAAAACAUUAAAUGUCACAGAUUCUCAAUAAUAUCUCAGAGACCAUCCUUUCCAUGACAUCACCUCUUUCUCUUAGCUGUCUCUCUAUUUAAGAUCUCUUCAUGCAAGUCUUCAACAUCACAUUCAAAUUAUAAAAUAAAAGAAACAAAACCCAUUAAAAAAAAAAUUGAUAUUUUUUUGUUGGGUUUUGUUAUUUUUAUUUUCUUGUAAAAUCCAGAUAUGGAGAGAGCCUCUUCUUCCUCUGACUCAUCAUCAUCCAUGGCUUCUUCUUCUGAUCAGUCUCUUUCCAUCAACUCCGAUCAAACCUCACCUUUUGUGACGUCAUCCAUGCUUUCACGCACGUCAUCUUCUUCUUCCUCCGCCGUGGGAGACUACAUCGGGACAGAGAGCUGCUUCGACAUCCUCUCCGCUGACGAAGGGAACGAUGUUGUCUCCGUUGCGUCGGAGCCUGUAAAAAGCCGGUUUCGUUACGGUGGAAGGAGGAGAGAGGAGAGAGAAGCUAGAGCUGCGGCGGCGCGUGAGUUUCCUCCUCCGAUACCGUUGCUUGCUCAGACGGGGAAUCUUCUCCCGCACAUGCCGUGGGUUCUCAAGCGUGUGGUGACCAGCGACGGCAGGCUUAUACUCAGAGAAGAGAAGGUUCGUCAUCAUGAGUAUUUCCGUGCGAAUAGAUCCAAUGGUCGUCUCACUCUCCACCUUGUUCCUUUAGACGAUGAUGUUUUUGAUCUUCCUCAAGAACCCUCUCAUUACCAAAGUGAUGAUGAAGAGGAUGAUGAUGAAUGUGAUGAUGAGGAUGAGUGCGAUGAUGAUGAUCAGCAAGAGGUGGAAGAUGAUUUGGAUGAUCUGGCGGAUAAGAUUAAUAAGGAUGUUACUAUUAAUGAUGAUGAUAAGGGCAAUGUGCAUGGUGAUAGUGAUGAUGGAUAUAGGAAGGUUAUAUUAGCGGCGGUGGGGGAGGAGACGGUGGUGGAGAGUGGAAUGAUGGUCGGAGGAGGAGGAUCGCCGAGAGGAAAGUGUUUGAAGUCAUGUUUUGUUGGUAUGAGAGUUCAUGAGAUAAGACCAGUUCUUAGUUGAUAAUUCUUAUUAUUAUUAAGUAGUUCUUGUUGAUUAGCAUCUUUUUGGGUGGAAAACAAGAUUAUUAUCUAAGAGAGUAAUAAAAUUACUACCGGCAUAAUUGAUAAAUACUAGAGGGUUUUUUUUUCAUGAGGAAAUGUUGUUUAUUUUUGUAAUCUUCAGAGGCUAUGGUGUAAUUUAUCUUCUUUUAGAUGUUUUUGAGGAUAUUUUACUUUUUUUUUUUAAUAAGAUGAAUAGUUUUUUUGUCGGUAUGUGAGUGAUGAUGGUUUUUAAAAAGUUCGAAUUUAUCUAGCCGGGUGAAUCUGAAUACUAUAAAAAAGAGAUACACUUGGAAGAGAAAUAUAUUACUAAUAAAAUCGAAUCGUAAUUUCCUUUAAAGGAAAAUAGUAGUAAUUGAAUAAAAAGAUUUUCAGAGAGCGAAGAAAUGCAAAGAAAAAAAAAGGGAAGAAACAUAACAGCGAAUAUUCGAUAAACCAUAUGGUGCAAGUGCAAACAGCUAAUAUUGUUAUUCGUUUUUGGGGAGAAUUUAAGUUUAUAGGAAAUUGAUUUUGAAUUGACUUCUACCUUAAAAUCCAGCUAUGUUCUCGUAUCUAUCACUUCAAAAAUCGUAUCUACUUAAAUACAUAUAUAUCCUGUAAGAUAAACGAGAUCAUUUUGAGUAAGAAAUCAGAAGUAAACAAAUAUAUAAUCUUUUAUACAAAAAAAAAAAACUGAAAAAGAAAAGAAGCCAAUAAGGGAGAAUAAAAGGUACGGAGAAAAAUGUUAAGUACAGCUAAGAUAAGAAAGAUAGAGAGAGUUUCCCGAUGAAUAUUAAGACAGAGACACUUACUUAACUCUGUCUUCUGCAAUUUGUCAGUUCCUCAUCAUUGGUCCUUUCCCACCACCUGAUCUCUUGUCCUAUAUUCCCCUCCCGGUUUACUUUCUUUAACCGGUCUCAAAUGUCUAAUUCUAAAUCCACAACCGUUUCAAUUUCCCGGUAAUAUCAUCAUUCUCAAUUACGAAAUCUAUAAAUGGGGGCGACUUGGUUCCCUAAUUCUAAUCUUAACCCCUUUGAUUUCGCCUAAUUUGAAGGAUUAAUAAAAAAAAACAUUUUCUUCCUCUUGUUCUUUUAAUUAUUG